AUGAUUUACGCUCAAAAAUCGGAGCCAAUUUCAGCCUCCAUCGGAACUGUUAAAACAGUAAUCAAUUCUUAUCGGACAGUUAUGCUAAUAAGACAUGCUAAUUCCAAAAACCAACAAGCGAACAAAAACACGGGCUCAAAAAAGGAAAAAGGUGACGGCGGGCGCCACGGGCAAUUAUGGGCCACGGGCUGGAUCGGACCAUUCGGAACGAUGCGAGGAAUGCUUUCCUCUAGUCCAGGGAUGGACGAUCGGGGCUUUUGCGGUCUAGAGACGAUCUUUCUGCGGCCAAUCACAAAAUUUUAA